CCCGCCCGGGGGGCGCUCCAUAGGCGCAGGCGGGGUGCAGGGCGACACUUGCACGUGGCAGCGGAGGGAGGGGCAGGCAGUGUCCGCCUGGACGACAAGCGUGCGUGUGUGCGUAGGCAUGUGCGCUGCACUCACACACGGCGCCCGCGCGUGCCCCACGAGCUCUCUCUAGGCACGGGGACUCCGCAGCACAGACAGGCACCACGUCCUCGUCUUCCAGGAGCUCGUGUUUCGGGCUAGGGCGCGCAGCCAGCCCCGGAAGCAGCAGACUAGCACGUCUUGUCAGUGGUCCAGGCUGGGGAGAGCUGGGGCACGGGCCGGGGGUGGGGCCGGCCGUUGCAGGGGUGCCCGCGGGCUGGGCCCGGCCUGCGGCUGCGGCUCUGCACGGCCCACCUGCCCGCGCGCGGGCGUUUACGUGUGAGUGUAAGGGUUAAAGGCCUGGGCGGGUGGCCGGGUGGGGAAGGGAAGGCUCCCGCCCCGGCCUGCUCAGGGUUGUUUAUCUCUGAUGCGGCCAAACUGGGUGUUUGGCUGUUUCUCCUCUCCCCAGCAGCCGCCUUUAAUUCCAGUGGGGACAUUUCACAACUCUGAGGAAGCGGAUCCUCUCCUACCCGCCCCUCUCAGCAGCCCCAGCCGGCUGUGUAACUUGGCUCAGCUCCUAAAUCCUUUCUCCCUGGCCGGAGGCUUGACCUCGGACCCUGCCCUGGCCGGUUGCAGCCCGUGGCGGCUCCGCCCACCACUGUAAUCUCCAGCCAACCAUAGGGCCUGGUGACGGCCCCACCCAGCCCCACCCCUCGUUGGCCCCGCCCAACUUCUCUUAAGCCACGCCCACACUGUCAGCUCCACCCCUGGGCUGUAAUCUCCAGCCAAUAGUAAAGCCUGGUGUGGCCCCGCCCCACCCCACCCUUUAGGGGCCCCUCCCCUGCUGACUGUAGGCUGUAAUCUCUAGCCAAUAGUAGGGCCUGGUGCCGGCCCCGCCCCACCCCACCCCUGGCAGGUCCCACCCCCCGCCAGUAGCUCCUUUCCCACUGGAUAUCCAUUGGUAACAGUGCCACCUGCGUGGGUGCCACCUGCCGCCCUUCAUGCUCCCAGCAUACCGGAGGGUCAAGAGCACCAGCAGCAGGGAGCUGCAGAGUCGUCACCGGCACGGUCUCGGCGGGGCCGGGCGCAGGGCCCGUCCUCCAUGCUGACUGGACGUGGGCCCACUUCUUCCUCAUCCGUGACACCUUGGGACCAGACAGUGCUGCUCAGCACCUGCUCAGUGUGCCCCCAGGGGGCAUCACGCGGCCAGGGCGCUGGGGCUGGCACCGGGCUCAUCUCAUGGGCAGAGUGCAGGAGACCCAGGACCCCCGGAAGCUGCCCAACAUGUUCGGGAACCUGCGCUCCACCUUCAUGGCCCUCAUGAUCGGCUCCUACGCCUCCUCUGCCAUCACCUUCCCGGGCAUCAAGGCAAAGCCCAUGCACCUUUACCAGAUAGUCCCAGCACUCGGGAGGCUGAGGCAGGAGGACCGCCAGGAGUUUGAGGCCUGCCUGCACCACACAGCGAGACCCUGUCUCAAAAAAACAAAGAAAGUCAUAAGAGUCCGGGACAGCCGGGGCGGGGAGCAGCCAUGCCAGUGCUGGGGGCAGUGGCCCACCCUUCCUGGGGGGCUUGGGUGCCGCAGGGAGAGCCCGGCUGGGCCUUUGGGGUCCCGCUCUCGCCUCUGGCUUUGGUUUCCGGGCAGCAGCAGCGGAGUGGAGGAGGCCGAGCCCGCGCUGGGCCUGCCAGGGGCAGGGCCAGGCGCCUCCUCAGGCGCGGCCCGUCCUGCCCCUCAGCUGAUCUACGAGGCCGGCGUGCCCUUCGUAGCCAUCAUGUCCACCUGGUCCGGCCUCGCCUGCCUGAUCUUCCUCAACUGCGCGCUCAACUGGCCCUCGGAGCCCUUCCCCGCCCCGGAGGAGCUGGACUACAGGAGGAAGGUCAAGCUCGCGGGGCUGGCGCUGGACCACAAGGUCUCGGGGGACCGCUUCUACAGCCACAUCUCCGCCGUGGGCCAGCGGCUGAGCCAGAAGGCGCCCAGCCUGGACCAGGGCGCCGACGCCUUCCUCGCCCCCCAGGACGGGCGGGGCGCCUCCCGCAGCCAGCCCGAGAAGGCCGUGCCCUUCCGCAAGAGCCUGGGCUCCCCCAUCUUCCUGUGGAGCCUGCUCACCAUGGGCCUCACGCAGCUGCGCAUCAUCUUCUACAUGGCAGCCAUGAACAAGAUGCUGGAGUUCCUGGUGACCCGGGGCCAGGAGCACAAGACUGGCGAGCUGCAGCAGAGGGUGGCCGAGACAGUGGGGUUCUACUCGUCCGUGUUCGGGGCCAUGCAGCUGCUCUGCCUCGUCACCUGCCCCCUCAUCGGCUACGUCAUGGACUGGCGGAUCAAGGACUGCGUGGACGCCCCGGCCGGAGGACCUGCCAACGGAGAUGCCAGGAGCGGGGCGGUCCCCAAGUCCACCAGGCCACGCUACUGCAAGACUCAGAAGCUCACCAACGCCAUCAGCGCCUUCACCCUGACCAACCUGCUGCUCGUGGGCUUCGGGGUCACCUGCCUCACUGACAGCUUGCCCCUGCAGUUUGUGACCUUUGUCCUGCACACCAUGGUCCGCGGGUUCUUCCACUCGGCCUGCGGAGGCCUGUAUGCCGCCGUGUUCCCGUCCGGCCACUUCGGGACGCUGACCGGCCUGCAGUCUCUCAGCAGCGCCGUGUUUGCCCUCCUGCAGCAGCCGCUCUUCAUGGCCAUGGUGGGCCCCCUGCACGGGGAGCCCUUCUGGGUGAACCUGGGCCUGCUGCUGUGCUCGCUGCUGGGCUUCCUGCUGCCCGCCUACCUCUUCUGCUACCGCGCCCGGGUCCAGAGGGAGCUGGCCGCGCCCGGCCCGGUGGGGCUCGGUGCCCCCCCAAGGUGGCCGCCUGACGUCCACACCCAAGGGCCUCAGGCUGACAGCCAGCCGGCCGAGCCGCCCUGGGCCGCAGCGCGCGGAGCAAGGGCAGAGCUUCUGCAGGACGCUCUGCGGGCUGUGUCCCCGCCCUGACCCCGUGGGCUGGGGCGGGUUCCCGGCCUGGUGCUGUUUCUCGCGUCUCAGGGGAAAUAAAAAGGGUCGGAGGGACGGGGCCGAGCCCGGGGUGUCACCGCCCUGCCCGCCCAGCCCAGCAGUCCCCCGCUUCGGGCAGAAGGUGCCCGUCCUGUCCCACACCGACAUCGGGUGCCCGGGAGGCGCUAAGCCAGGGCGGGUCCGACGCCUGCCGAGGGCAGCCUUUGGGCCUCCCGGUUUAUCUCAAACCUCAUGCAAACACGGAGCUUUCUGUUA